AGAGAGUUGCAGAAAGUGGAAAACGUUUGGACAACGUGAGUUUGUGUGUGAUUUUUCUACGCGGUUGUUAAGUCUACAAAGUCAGCGCCAGUCGUAAAAUAUCAUCAAGCAUCGUCACAACGACAUAAAGCUACAGUAAAGGAUCAGGCUGAACAUGGCUCUGAACAAGUCCAUGCAUCCUCGGAACCGGUACAAAGACAGACCUCCUGAUUUCGCUUACCUGGCCUCCAAGUAUCCAGACUUCCAGCAGCACGUGCACACCAGCCUCACAGGACGACCUGUUGUGAAUUUCAAAGAGCCAGAGGCCGUACGAGCGCUAACCUGCACCCUGCUGAAGGAGGACUUUGGUUUGACCAUCGAGAUCCCACUGGAGCGUCUGAUACCCACCGUCCCCCUGCGCCUCAACUACAUCCACUGGGUGGAGGACCUCAUCGACGGCCAGAAACAGCCGCGCAGGGGCAUCGACAUCGGCACUGGGGCGUCUUGUAUCUACCCCUUGCUGGGAGCCACAAUGAACGGCUGGUAUUUCCUCGCCACAGAGGUGGAUGACAUCUGUUUUGACUAUGCCACGAAAAACGUGGAGCAUAACAACCUGUCUGACCUCAUUAAAGUUGUCAAAGUUCCUCAGAAGACUUUACUGAUGGACGCCUUGAAAGAAGAGACAGAGAUCAUAUACGACUUCUGCAUGUGCAACCCUCCUUUUUUUGCGAACCAGCUAGAAGCAAAAGGGGUGAACUCCAGGAACUCACGGCGACCUCCUCCCAGUUCAGUAAAUACAGGCGGGGUGACAGAGAUCAUGGCAGAGGGCGGAGAACUGGAGUUUGUCAAGAGGAUCAUUCAUGACAGCCUACAGCUCAAGAAACGCCUGCGGUGGUACAGCUGCAUGUUGGGGAAGAAAUGCAGCCUGACACCUUUGAAAGAGGAGCUGAGGAAGCAAGGGGUGCCCAAAGUCACCCACACAGAGUUCUGUCAGGGACGGACCAUGCGGUGGGCUCUGGCCUGGAGUUUCUAUGAUGAUGUGAUUGUCCCGUCUCCUCCCAAUAAGAAGCGUAAACUGGAGAAGUCACGGAAGCCCCUGUCGUUCACACUUCCAGAAGCAGCACUGAAGGAGCUCCAGGUCAAAGCCUUGGCGAUGGGCUGCUCUGCCUCCACCCCUGUGGACAGCAUUGCUGCUCUGCUGGAGAGGACGCUCACUGACCUGAGGGUGCUGCACAAACGUGUCCCCUGCAGAAAGCAGGAGCAGAGCCUCUUUCUGACAGCUGUGGAGAACACAUGGAUCCACUGUCGACAGAAACGACGUGAACAGAAGCGUCAGUUGCGCGAGCUUCCCAGAGCGCCUCACUGUGCUGGAACCAGCUCUCAAACCACCGUGGCCUCAGUUGCUCCUGCCGCUCCUGCCCCACUCUCCCAAAACCAGCCCGCCUCCACACAAAACAAUAACACCCAGGGUGAUGGCACUCAAGACAGAACCGCAUCUGCACAGGAGCUAGCUGAACAGCAGCCUGAAGAGGAGACUGGAAAUAGCUGCUGUUCAAAGGAGACGAGUGCAGAUGUAACACAGAACACGACUGGAGGACAGAAAGAGGUCUCAGAAGAUGUAACUGGUGAAGAUGUGGACAUGGAAUCUACAGGCCCAAAGGAAACACCUGCCGCGGCAAGCCAACCGCCCUCAAAGCGACCCCCGAGCCCCGGUGCCAUCGAACACUUCCUGUUUAAGUGUCUGCUGAAUGUGACACUGGAGGAGAGCAACGUGGUCAUCGAGAUGCACUGGGUCGAGGGUCAAAACAAAGACCUGUUGAACCAGCUGUGCACUUACCUGAAGAACACACUUUUAAAGUCUGUCACAAAGUCUUAAAUGAUCAGAGAGAAAACAGUACAUUCAGGGGAGAAACGAUGGUAAGUAAAGUUUCACAGACAUUAUUUUUAGAGGUUAGCACUCAGAGCCUUUCUGUUGAGACGUUUCCAUUUGGCCAGUGAAAAUAAUUGUCCCUGUUUAUAACUGUAUGCAGAAAUUUAUGGAUCCACUGUAACUGCAGGAAGUUUAUUCCAGCAGAGAAUCACAGUUACCUGCUGCCAUUUUUUUCAUUUCAGAUUUUUUUGUACUUGUUAGUUUACCUUUUAAGGUAGUACAUACUGUACACCGGUAGUUUGUCCUCAGAGUCAUAAA